AUGAAUUGUAUUAUCAGUAAUUACACAUUGGAUAAAGAAAUUUCACUCGAUAUCCAAUCUAAACUUCAAAAUAUAUCAAGUUUGACUUCACUAGAUUUAAUUAUAACAUCAAUUUCAAAUAUUACAAAUAAUGGUGGUCAUAUUACAAUUGUAGGUAAUUUUGGAACGAAUGCAUAUUUCCCACAAGCUAGAGUGUUGACUGAUGGUGACUUUUGUGGCUUAGUUACAUUCAAUGCUACAGCUUUAAUAUGUAGUAUACGUGCUGGUUAUGAGAUUACAACUCAUAAUAUUUCAGUGACUAGAAGUGGUCAAGAGGGUUUUGGAAAUUUAAAUGUUGUCCCGCCAGUUGAUGAUUGUGGAGCUAAUUCUUUGUGUAAUAGUAACGGUAGAUGCUAUCAUGCCAGAUGUCAAUGCUUCAAUGGAUACAACGGUUUCUAUUGUGAAUCAAAGAUUGACAGUGGUGUUGUUGUGCUUCCAGACGACCACUAUCCUUCACCUACUGUUGUCACAACAACUGGAUUCCUCUUUAAAUUCAAUGUUAUUGCCGUUCAAGAGUUGGAUCCACUUGGUGAAAUAGUCGAUGAAGUGAUAACAAACCAAUGGAAUUACUCGGUCACCUCCAAUAGUACACUGACCACUCACAGCUAUAUGAUAUCACGUCCUGGACAAUCUACGACCAUAGAAGCUACCAUCGAUUAUUCAUCUCUGGAAAGAUCUAUUAAAUUUGCAGGUAUCACAACCAUCUAUCAAGCUCAAUCGUUAAAGCUUAUGAUUGCACUGAAACAAUGGAAUUUCCAAGACAAGUUGAACAUUAUCAGAGUCAUUAUGGAGAGUGAAUUCGAAGCUGAAAAGAAAGAAAAGAGUGAAUGCGGUGAUGAAGACGAAGCAGUGUCUGACAUUGGUAUAGACUCGAUCACCGACAAUAUGAAAUUCGUCAAAGUAACCUACGGAGACAAAGCAUUCUAUGGUAGAUUCCUUCCUUUUGCAAUGGCAGACAAGAGAUCGGUAGCUGUCGAGAAUAGAGUGCUGAAUAUCACUACGGUCAGCAAUACAACCAAAGCAUAUAUCUCAAUGACACUACCGUAUUGCGAUCAACAAUGUAUUAUAGAUCCCGACUUCUCAUUGCUAAUCGAUACCGGUGCUUCAGAGGUAACAUGCAAAUCCAAAGAGAAGAGUAAAGCGUGGUUGAUCGCAACCGUUGUUGUUGUUGUGUCGGUUGUCUUGAUAGCCGCAGCAAUCACAGCUUAUAUGCUUAGCAAGAAGAUUGCAAAACAAAAGAGAGAGCAUAGAAAUAUGCAACAAAAAUUACAGAAAUUCGCAAGUGGUCAAUAA